AUGGUCAUCUGGCCCAGAUCUUGCGUGAUUGCUAGUUCUGUUGCAGCCUCCAACCAGAAGAGCGAGCAGAUCGAAAUAGGGCCACUGACUGGGAGAGGAGCAAAUGAGAAGACGGUCGUCCCGAAAGGCGACUGUUUGUUGAUACAACUGCAGCAGCGAUUCGCCAUGUCAGAGCCACAUGCAACAGGGGCCUCUGCGAGCGAGUCCGGUCCAGCCUUUGCCGAUGGGGACAAAGAAGGCGACACGCGGCCGUCUGUGUCGGGCGGCUUCGCCGACUACGAUCUGGCGCGGCCGCUGGGGUCGACAGCCGGGCUGCGACAGAGCCUGACAGCGUACGGCGACGCGCACUUUGCCCUCUUCCUGCGCAAGGCGUUCAUCAAGGCGCUCGGCUACGGCGAGUCAGCGCUGGCCCGGCCGAUUGUCGGGAUCGUGGACACGCGGUCGGGCCUCAACGCGUGCCACGCCAACAGCGCGGCACUGGUCGAGGCAGUGCAGCGCGGCGUGCAGCUGGCGGGCGCACUGGCGGUGGCGUUUCCGACCAUUAGCCUGCACGAGUCGUUUGCGGCGCCGUCGAGCAUGUUUCUGCUCAAACUCAUGGCCAUGGACACGGAGGAUAUGGUACGGGCGCAACCGGUCGACGCGGUGGUACUUGUGGGAGGUUGUGAUAAAACUACCCCGGCCCAGCUCAUGGGCGCCAUCUCGGCCAACAAGCCGGCCGUCCACCUGGUGACGGGACCGAUGCUGCCGGGCAGCCAUCGAGGAACGCGUGUGGGCGCCUGCACCGACUGCCGCAACAACUGGGCGCGCUACCGUGCCGGCGAGAUCGACAUGGAGGACAUUGCCAGCCUUAACGAGGAGCUAGUGCCAACGUCAGGCACCUGUGGCGUCAUGGGCACGGCCAGCACCAUGGCCUGUCUUCUGGUUGCCCUGGGCAUGAUGCCGAUCAACGGGGCCACGGCACCGGUCGUCUCAGCUGGCCGUCUCCGUGUAGCUGAGCAGACAGGCGAACUAGCCGCUCGGCUGGCCCGUGAGAGCUCGACGACAGCUUCUCGUCCACAGGACAUCCUCUCGCGCGACUCCAUCCACAACGCCCUGACCGUGCUGCAGGCCAUUGGCGGAUCCACCAACGCGAUUGUGCACCUGCUGGCCAUUGCCAACCGGCAUCCAGGACUCGCCGGCACCGUCACGCUGGCCGACCUGGAUCGAAUCGGCCGCUGUACGCCGCUGCUGCUGGACCUGAAGCCGAGCGGGGCCGGUUACAUGACAGACUUCCACGCUGCUGGUGGCAUGGCGGCCCUGCUGACGGAACUGCGGCCAUUGCUGCAACUGGACGCCCGCACAAUCACAGGCCAGACGCUCGGCGAAGCCCUGGAUGCAGCGCGCUUUCGGCCCUUUGCCCAGACAGCCAUCCGGCUACUGGCCUCACCGCUGUACACGUGCUCAUCGCUCGCUGUGCUGCACGGCAACCUGGCACCACGCGGCGCCGUACUCAAGGCGAGCGCGUCCAAGGACCGGCGGCUGCUGCAGCACAAGGGUCCGGCCGUAGUGUUUCGCUCGGCCGCCGACAUGGCUAACCGGCUCGAUGACCCUAACCUCGACGUCACCCCCGAUAGCGUGCUCGUUCUUCGUGGCAUUGGCCCCGUCGGCCAUCCCGGCAUGCCCGAGGCUGGCCUCAUCCCCAUUCCCCGAAAGCUCGCCGUCCGGGGCGUUACCGACAUGCUCCGCCUCUCGGAUGGUCGUAUGAGCGGCACUGCCGGCGGAACGAUCCUGCUGCACGUCGCCCCCGAGGGCGCUGACCCCCGCUCCGUCCUUGGAAUCGUGCGCGACGGCGACAUUAUCCGCUGCGACCUCGCGGCCCGGCUGCUCGCCGUUGAUCUGUCUGACGAGGAGAUUGCGCAUCGCCAGGCUGAACGGGUCCAGGACUGGGCUCAGACGGCUGCUAACGACGACAACGACGACCACCACCACCCAGAGCCCUGGAUCGCUCGCCAGACCCUCCGGGGCUACCGUGGGCUGUACAUGCGGGAGGUCAACCAGGCAGACGAGGGCGCAGACUUUCGCUUUCUGACAGCAGAGGGACCGGGCAGGUCUGACAAGACAGCUGCAAUCGUUGCAGGACGGUAA